AUGACCCAGUGGGAUCGGCUGUCAGAUAUGUGCCGUCCAAGCCUGGUUCAAGCCUGGUUCAAGCCUGGUUCAAGCCUGCUCCAUCCGCUAUACAAGAAGCUACACAAGAAGCUAACAAGAAGACAUUGUCUUUCCCGACCCCAGAUGGCGGCCAUUUUUGGAAAUUUCCCUUCGUGGCCAAACAUCAAACCGGGGUUCUUCGUCGCCGUCAGCAUCAGUUUGCUGAUAAUCCAGGUCCUCUUUCUCGCCAACCUCUCCUACCUCAACGGAUCCCAGUUCAAAGAAUUUGAGCACACCCACAACCUCAAUAUCCCAGAUGCUGACUACGACGGCGGUAUUGUUGGCCACUGGAUGACUAUCUGGCUGUACAUGCACAUCAACUUCCUACUGUUCGAUAUCAUGACUACGUUCAUUCCUAUGCAGUUUAUGCCCUUUUGCAUUCUCACCUGGAUGAUCACACACGUAGCUAGCACCAUCGCUCCGUUUGAGUUGAGUCCAGGAGUCUACCCAGGGGUCUACCGUUGGGCCUAUGCGCUUCCCGCGCGUAAGGCGUAUUCGAUUCUCAGCCAAUUCUGGAGCGACGGGUGCAACAACCAACCAUACUACCAAUACUCUUCUCUUGGUGGGUCAUCGGAGCCCUUGUUGUUGUCUAUUCCUUACACUACCGAUGCAGGCAAGCGCGCAUCAUCGCAAGACCCAAAUCUCGGACAAUGCGAUCAACGAGAACCAGGAAGACCGGCCAAAAACACCGGGCAGGUACUCCAGAUCGCAUUCUGUCCCGCGACAGGCGUUCCCCGAUGGAGUCAAUCCAGCUUGAGCAGCAAGUGUUUUUCGCUUAUACUACUUGAGGCGGACUUUGACUGGUGA